UUUUCCGGGGAGCCGUGAAGAAAUCCAGCCCUUCCACGCGCUGCUUUUGCGUCCUGUUCCCGAGCGGUAGCUGCGGUGGGUUUUUUCUCUCCGGUUAGCCGUAUUGUGAUACGGAUAAAUUUUUAACUGUUCGUAUUCUUGCUUUUAUCACACUCGAGGGAUACCUGGAUAUAGAAUCCGUUCAGUAGUCCGUAUUCGUAUCUGUUUUCCCCGUCUCGUGCCUCCGUGGCAAUGGAUUGAUUUCAUUUUUUUCUUCGACCCCAGCCUCGACCAAGUUGAGAAAACAUUCUAACCUGCAGUCUCUCUCUAUCCGUACUUCGAGCUGUGAGCCAGCUACAUGUUUCACCCGGCCACUUUUCAAAGUAGCUGGUUCCGGAUGUUUCUUUACAUUUCCUAGGUGCGAUUUUGAACUUUUCGUCUUGGGAGUGUAUAACAGGCGGCGGCCGAGGAUUUACAACGGGAUAGCUCCGGGGUUCCUGAAGCCUGCAAAUAUUUAUUUUUGAAAAGUGAUGGCCGAGCGGGGAGCACGGUCGCUCCUCUCUCUCCUCUUCCUCACCUUUCUCUACACCGCGUCUGCCGCGGCGAAGCAUGUCGACAAAGGUACGACGGUGCCCCCCUUCAGCCCCUUCUGGUUCACCUCGGAGCCCCAGGACACCAUGGCUGUUCGGGGUGGGCUGGCGCUGCUCAACUGCUCGGCACACAGCGACAGCGCAGUGGCCCGCGUGGAGUGGAAGAAGGACGGCACGUUCAUGACGCUGGCCUCGGACGAGCGGCGGAAGUUGCUGGCGGACGGCUCGCUGCUCAUUUCUCAGGUGGUGCAUUCCAAGCACAACAAGCCCGAUGAGGGGACCUACCAGUGCGUGGCCACCAUAGACAACUUGGGCUCCAUCUCAAGCCGCGUCGCACGCCUCUCCGUAGCAGGCAUGCCCCGGUUCACAAGCCAGCCCGCGCCGGCUGCCGUGCGCCCGGGCGACAGCCAGGUGCUGCCUUGCGACAUCAACCCAGACCUGGCACCCUUCACACGCUGGGAGAAGGACCGGCAGUCCCUGGAGCUGGGCUCGCGGCUGGUCCAGCUGCCCAGUGGAGCUCUGCUGAUCAGCAACGCCUCGGAGAGCGACGCGGGGCAGUACCGCUGCCUGGUGGAGAAUGUGGGCCAGACCAAGGCCAGCGAGGAGGCUCAGCUGCAGCUCACGCCAGAGACGACGGAGGAAAGGAAGCCCGAGUUCCUGGUGCUGCCAACCGCCGUGACCAAGGUGGUGGACACGGGUGUGUUACUGCUGCCCUGCGCCGCCACCGGCUUCCCUACACCCUCCGUCCGUUGGAUGCUGAACGACAAAGUUCUGGAUGAGAGUGGGGGUCGUCGCGAGGUGGUGGCCGGUGGCAGCCUGCUGAUCUCCAACCUCACAGAGGAAGACGCAGGACUCUACACCUGCGUGGCCCACAACGGCAUCGACAACAGCACUGUCCACGCCCAGGCCCUGCUCACUGUGCAAGCUCCUCCCCAAUUUGUGAAACGGCCUGCCAACAUUUAUGCCCACGAGUCCAUGGACAUCAUCUUCCAGUGUGAGGUCACAGGGUCGCCCGCGCCCACCAUCAAAUGGGUGAAGAAUGGAGACGCAGUCAUCCCCAGUGAUUACUUCAAGAUAGUUAGGGAACACAACCUGCAGGUUCUUGGUCUGGUCAAGUCUGACGAGGGCUUCUACCAAUGCCUGGCCGAAAACGACGCAGGGAAUAUCCAGGCCAGCGCCCAGCUCAUCAUCCUGGAGCACGAUGUUGCCCUUCCCUCGUCCCUUCCCCCCCCACUGACUCCUAACACUACUGACCAUGUAACGCCAGGCGCGGGAGGUGUGGCCAACCCCAUGGGGCCCGCCCCCUCAGCACCCAGGGACGUGGUGGCGUCGCUGGUCUCCACGCGCUUCAUCAAGCUCACCUGGCGGCCGCCAGCCGAGCCGCACGGCGACGACCUCACCUACUCUGUGUUCUACAGCCAGGAGGGCACCAGCAGGGAGCGUGUGCUGAACACCAGCCGGCCUGGUGAGAUGCAGGUGACCAUCCAGAACCUGAUGCCUGACACUAAGUACCGCUUCAGGGUGGUUGCCCACAACAGCAACGGCGCUGGGGAGAGCUCCGCCGCACUGCCCGUGGCCACCCAGGCCGAAGUCCAGGUCCCUGGCCCCGCCCCCAGCCUACAAGCAGUCGCCAACACCCCCACCUCGGUGUCCCUCAGCUGGGACACGCCUCUCACCGGCAAUGGAGAGAUCCUGAUUUAUAAGCUCUACUACACCGACCAAUCCCUGGGAACAGAGGAGGACCUGGAAACGGACACCCUGUCGUACACAAUGAAUGGCCUGAAGAAGUUCACAGAGUACAGCUUCCGUGUUGUGGCCUACAACAAGCAUGGGCCUGGUGUCUCCACCCAGGACGUGAACGUGCGAACCCUGUCUGAUGUGCCAAGCUCACCACCUCAGAACCUAAGCCUGGAGGUGCAGAACUCAAAGAGCAUCAUGUUGCGCUGGCAGCCCCCGCCGCCUGGCACCCAGAACGGCGAGAUCUUGGGCUACAAGAUCCGUUACCGCAAGGGCACGCGGAAAAGCGAGGCGGCGGAGAUCACGAGGGACACCAAUCUAUACCUGCUCAUCGACGGUCUGGAGCGCGGUACAGAGUACACCUUCCGAGUGUCUGCAGCUACACUGAACGGCACAGGGCCGGCAACAGAGUGGAACACUGCAGAGACGUUUGAGAGCGACCUCGAUGAGACCCAGGUGCCAGACAUCCCCAGCUCUCUGCAUGUGCGGCCGCUGGUCAACAGCAUCGUGGUGAGCUGGACCCCCCCAGAGAACCAGGACAUCGUGGUGCGCGGCUACUCCAUCGGCUACGGCAUCGGUAGCCCCCACGCCCAGACAAUCAAGCUGGACUACAAGCAGCGCUAUUACAGCAUCGAUAACCUCGACGCCAGCUCCCACUAUGUGAUCACACUGAAGGCCUUCAACAAGGUGGGCGAAGGCAUCCCUGUGUACGAGAGCGCCAUCACCAGGCCCCAGUCAGACCCCCUAGACCCCGUUGUUGACCUGUCUACCCAUGCUUCAUACGACUCAGUGCCAGACCCCUCCCCAAUGCUGCCUCCCGUGGGCGUUCAGGCCUCGGUGCUGAGCCACGACACCAUCAAAGUGACCUGGGCUGACAACUCGCUGCCCAAGAACCAGAAGAUCACGGAUGCCCGCUAUUACACGGUGCGCUGGAAGACCAACAUCCCUGCCAACACCAAGAUGAAGACUGCCAACACCACCAGUCUGAAUUACAUGGUGACGGGCCUGAAGCCCAACACGCUGUACGAGUUCACCGUCAUGAUAACCAAGGGCCGGCGCUCCAGCGGGUGGAGCAUGACCGCUCAGGGCACCACCUUCGAGACCAUCCCGAGCUCGGCUCCGAAAGACGUCACCGUGGUCAGCAAGGAGGGCAAGCCCCGCACCAUCAUUGUCAACUGGCAGCCUCCUUCUGAGGCCAACGGGAAGAUCACUGGCUACAUCAUCUACUACAGCACGGACGUCAACGCCGAGGUCCACGACUGGGUGAUCGAGCCGGUGGUGGGCAACCGGCUCACCCACCAGAUCCAGGAGCUCACGCUGGACACCGCCUACUACUUCAAGAUCCAGGCACGCAACUCCAAGGGCAUGGGCCCCAUGUCGGAGGCCGUGCAGUUCCGCACCCCUAAGACUGAGUCAUCUGACAAAAUGGCUAAUGACCAAGCUAACCCUCCGGUAAAGCCAGGAAGUAACCAGCCCCCAUCAGAUGGUUUUGGAAGCGCAGUCGGGAAGCCCGGUGGAGCUGACAACAUCCUGGUCAUCGUGAUCAUCAUCUCCGUGGGCGCCUUCACCAUCAUCGUGGUGGUGGUCGGGGCCUUCCUGUGCACCCGCCGCACCACCUCCCACCAGAAAAAGAAGCGUGCUGCGUCCAAGUCCACCAACGGCUCCCACAAGUACAAGGGCAACUCCAAGGACCUCAAGCCCCCCGACCUCUGGAUCCACCACGAGCGGCUGGAGCUCAAGCCCAUGGACAAGUCCCCGGACCCCAACCCAGCCAUGACGGACACGCCCAUCCCCCGCAGCUCCCAGGACAUCACGCCGGCCGACAGCGGCCUCGACAGCGUUACCCACCUGCAGCAGCAGCAGCCGCGCCGCAACUCCUACCGAGGCCACGAAUCAGAGGACAGCAUGUCGACACUAUCAGGCCGACGGGGGAUGAGGACUAAGAUGAUGAUGCCCUUUGACGCACAGCCGCCUCAGCCUGUGAUUAGCGCUCACCCCAUCCAUUCCCUUGACAACCACCACCAUCACCACUAUCACAUGGGCAGCCUGGCCUUGCCGCCACGCGGCUACCUCUACCACCAGGGCCCCGGGCACCCCCUGGCCCGCCCCCAUGUCUGUGCCACCCCUGUCUCCCAUCUAGACAGGGUGGACUCCUCAGAAUCUGUGCGGACCACGCCCAGCGUGGAGCCCCCUCCCCCCGCCGCGGCCUGCUCCUCGUCGCAGGGGUCCUGCCCGUCCUCUGAGCUGCUGGCCGGCGACCCCGAGGGCAGCGGCAGCUACCAUGGCUCCAGCACCACGGAGGAGGAGCCCAACUACUCCACCAACCUGCCCCCCCACCGCCCCGCCCACCCGCACGCCCACGCUCACCCCCUCAAGAGCUUCGCCACCAGCCACCCCACCUACGAGUCCUCGGCGCUGCCCAGCACGCCACUGCUGGCUCAGCCUGGACCCCCCAGCCACCCACACGUUGUCAAGACAGCCUCCAUCGGCACGCUGGGACGGACGCGCACACCCGUGGUGGUGACGGUGCCCAACGCCCCCGAUGUGCCAGAGACCAGCAAGAUGCUGGAGGACGUGGACAGCGUGCUUGCCUCCCUCCCACCGUGCCCCUCCCCCGCCCCCCGCAGUAACCCUGUUCCUCUCCCCCAGAGCUACGAACCCGACGAGUUGACCGAGGAGAUGGCCCACCUGGAGGGCCUCAUGAAGGACCUGAACGCCAUCACCACCGCGCCAUGAGACACACGCACACAGACACACACACACACACACACACACAGGGACAUAAUACACCCCAAGUAUCAUCCAUGGACACAUCAGUCUACCUGCGCCAUAGGAACUCUCUAACCCCCCCCCCACCCACCCCCCAGUGCAGGGAGAGCCUGCAUCCAGCUGCGUAUGAAACAUUGCUAUUGGCUAAACACUUACCCACUCUCAGGAAGGAGACGGCCAUGAGAGGAACGCAGGAGUGUGACGUUUUACCCUUUUUAUGAAGAAGAAGAAAAAAUAACAUUCUCAGAGACCAUUUGAUCGCUUUCAAGCUGAGGAUUGUGAAGUUUGUCCUUGGCAAAAAAGAAAGAAAAAAUAUUAAAAAUAGUCCAGGAGAGACGCGUGGCAGGUUUUGUUGUGUGGGAUGACAGGAGGGCGUGACACACUUUUGGAGAAAGUCCAAAAAUAUGCUGGUAUUGAUGUUGGUGCUCAUCGGGCGCAGUCUACAGUGUUUGUUUGAUAUGUGUCAUUUCUGCAUUUUUAUAUAUCUAUUGGGCUGAAUCAGUGAGGUGAACAUUGGAAAAACACUCUGUACAAGCCUACAGUAUCCAUGCGACGUCACGUAUAAACCCCCGUUUCUUGUUUUGACCACCCCUCCCUGCCACACACAUUGUGUCGUAUAUUGUGCCAUGACUUUUUAUAGGUUUCCAUGUUAUAUGUAUUAUUUUUUACUCACAUAUCCUUUAUAAACAUGUACAUAUCUUGUUAUUUUUAUUUUUUUCCGUUGAAUCUGCCUCCUUUUUUUGCGCUUCCUAUUAUUUCAUUACUAGCAAGGAUGGAAUACUUUUCAUAUCAGAAGAGGUGAUGUUCCUUUGGUGUUUCUACACAGUGCAGUUGAAUGGAAUUUUGAAAAACCCUUAUUUUUCCUCUAUGUACAUUAAAACGUGUUGGCCCUUGUUUUUUGUGGGAGCUCUGUUUUUGAAAAAAAAGAAAAGAAGCCUUACCAACGUGUUUUCCAAUGUUGGAUAUUUCAGACGCGAAGACGCAACCCCUCUUGAAGUUGUAUUGUGACGAGGGCGCGAUCGUUGUCACCUCCAGGCAGUAACCAUAAUGAUUAACAAGCUAUGACACAACAUUCUUUCAGGUCAGGGGGUUGUUUUUGGUGGGGUGGUAAUGAAAGCCCAGAGAACCUUGCAUGACAGCCAGUGUUUCAAUCAUCUGAUAAGCUAUAACGAAGGUCCCGAAAGCCAAUAUUUGGUUUUGUCAUGGAGAAUCGGAUACAGUUUUCCUAAAAAUAAACCGAUUGUUUGCUGGAUGUGUGUGGUUGUCUUUGAGAAACGCCCACAAAUUUCAUGGCUCGUCGUUUUUCCCUCCAAAUCUUACCAGAUGCAAAGAUGUCGGCCUUUUGAAUGAACUCCCCGAUUUUUUUUUUACAUUGUAGUUUUUGUAUGAAGAAAAUAAAGUGUUCUGUACAAGUCCAAUGUAAAGAAGUAAAAAAUGAAACUAGUGAUCUACAAAGCUGGUUUUUCAUCUUACCCAAAGAAAUGUUGUCAUCAGUAAUUUGGCUCUACUUUUGUGAAUACCAUGUUUCUCAUUAAUGUGCAUCCUCAUGAAUGUUAAUAUAACUAAGAGAUUUUAAUCUUGAAUAUAAAAGGAACAUGUUCUGGGGGAAAUGUUGGAUUAAUAACAGAAAAUGGUACAGAGAAUAGGACUUAUUUGGGAAAUAGUUGUUAAGUUGUAAACAGUUAAACCUUUAUUGCACUUUUUUCAGUUUUUGAAAAUACAUUUCUUACAUAUUUUGUGUUUUAAAUAUCAAGCGGUUUGUGUAAAGUAGUGUCCUAGGUUAGCAGCAAGCAGCUGGACUUAUGUUUUAUUUUUAUUUUUUUUCUUCUGGUUUGUUUUUGUUAUUGCUUUGUCGAGGCUAUGACUGAGUGGCAGUGUUUGCUGUGCUGCCUUGGAUGAUUUAUGUUGUUGCUUGUUUAUGUACAGAAGUCUUUGCUUUCUGUUGGAAAUAUCUGUGGCUUAAAAAAAAAAAAAAAAAAAAAAGUCUUUAUUUUUUAUCGGUGCUCCUAUACAUUGUGAAUACAAACUAUCAUGAAUACUAACGAAGUUAAUUUAC